AUGAUGGUGAAAAAGAACUCCAAUAUGCCCAAUUCCACAUUGAAAAAGGAGGUGCCUGUAAAAUGUGGUGAUGUCUCAAUCUCUUUCUCCAUGGAUGAAUGGGAUUAUAUAGAAGACCAUAAGGAUCUUUAUCAGGAGGUGAUAGGGGAAAGUGAUCAAAGGCCUAGCAGUUGUUCACCCCCAGAAGAACCAGCAGAGCUCUGUAAUGAACAUGUAACACAAACAUCUGCUACUGAUAAACAGGAAGAUGACCAAAGCAGAGAGAACUUUAAACAGGUGGAUGUUGCAACCAACACAUUCACAAGUGAAUCAAUUACUGCAUCAAGUGAUCAAGACGUAGAGGAGCUUUGUGUAAACCAUUCCACGGAGACCAUUGUAGAGCAAGAGGAGGCCUGUACAGAUGAAUCUAAGAGCAGUGAUUUGGGAGAAGAGCCUUACAUUAUGACUUGUUCCCCUGGAGAGAUGGUAGAAGAUAGCAAGACCAUGUUACAUGAUUCCCAAACAGAGGAUGAGGAAGAACCUAUGCCUGCUGAAUCACCAAGGCAGUCAAUGGAAAAUCUUUGCUUAUUCUUCUACGUCUGGUCAGUGUGAAGAGCAAGCCUGGAGUGACUAUGAGAGAUAUGUUGGAGAUCCAAGUUACACAUCAGGAGAGCCAGUGCAAAUUAAGGAAGAGAGCAGCCAGUUUAACUACAGCUAUAGCGAAGAACCAGCUUUUAUAGAUCCCAAUCCCAGCCAUGAGGAACGUAGUGAGCUCUUUGACACCAUGAAUAACCUUCUUAUCCACCAAAUCACAUUUGGCCAGUCUUCUUCGGUAGAUAAGCCCUAUUCUUGCAACCACUGUGAGAAACGAUUUGCUAAGAGAUCACACUUGGGAAUGCACCUCAAAACUCACACAGGAGAGCGCCCUUAUUCUUGUCCUGACUGUGGCAAAAAGUUCAGUCGAAGGUCAAACAUGCUGACGCACUACCGUACCCAUACUGGAGAAAAGCCAUUUGCUUGCCCCAAGUGUGGCAAACGGUUCACGCAGAGCUCUCACAUGGUGACACACCAAAGGACGCACACUUCUGACAAACUUUUCAGUUGCCCUGAGUGUAAGAAGCGUUUCACUAAGUGGUCCUACCUAAACUUCCACCUCCGAACACAUGGAAUAGAAAAACUGAGUGUACCCUGA